AAUGACCACGAGCUGGCCCAGGCCAUCCUGGAUGGAGCCAGUAUCACCCUGCCUCAUGGCACCCUCUGUGAAUGCUAUGAUGAGCUGGGCAAUCGCUACCAGCUGCCCAUCUACUGCCUGUCACCCCCCGUGAACCUGCUGCUGGAGCACACUGAGGAGGAGAACCUGGAGCCCCCUGAGCCCACACCCAGCGUGCGCCGCGAGUUCCCGCUAAAGGUGCGCCUCUCCACAGGCAAGGACGUGAGGCUCAACGCCAGCCUGCCCGACACGGUGGGGCAGCUCAAGAGGCAGCUGCAUGCCCAGGAGGGCAUUGAGCCGUCCUGGCAGCGAUGGUUCUUCUCCGGGAAGCUGCUCACAGACCGUACGCGACUCCAGGAAACCAAGAUCCAGAAAGAUUUUGUCAUCCAGGUCAUCAUCAACCAGCCCCCGCCACCCCAGGACUGAUAAGCCCACGAACCCCUGGGAAGAGAGGCCAGGGGGGACCUCUGUAGGGCUGAGAGGCCUCCGGACUGGAGCAUCAGGCCCCCCGACCUUGCUGCUGCCUUCUUCAGGGGCGCCUCCCCGCUAGAUGGCUGCUGGAUGAGCUGUGAAGGGACCCUGCCUCCCAGGAACACCAUGGGCCACCAGUGCCCAGCACCCAGGAAGCAGUGCUGCCACACAGGCCUUGCCAACCUUGUCAGAGAAAAGACGAACUGGAGCCCUCCACCCUGCCUCUUUCCUGGGGCAGGUUCGAGCCAUGAGGGCUGGCCCGGAGGCCCCUGGAGCCCAGACUCAUCAUCUGGUACUGCCAGCUGUGCUCACUCCGGUUUUCUGCUCAGGGUCUGAAGCAGCUGCUGUCUCCCUCCCCUGCCCUCACCCCCUGACUCUGCCCUGGGUACAUUGCCAGUCCCUUAGAGAGGAGGGGAGGGCACCGCUCAUGAGCCCCAGAGGCAGGGAGCCUGAGGCCGGCCUCUGCCUCUCCCUGCCCCCAGCACAAUUGGCAGAGAUGAGGUAGGUGGCCAGACAGCUGGGCUGCUGUGUCAGGGGUCUGCACGGGGCCAUCUCCUGGCUGUAACCCAAGCAGUGGGGGUCUGCAGCCAGUUUCAUGGCCCCACAGCAGGUCCCUGUGUACAGACAUAUCUGCAUAUUUAUCAAUAAAGCCUUUUGCUCCUUCCUUCUCUUUUGUCUGGCUUU